GACGGCCGCCCGGCUGCUGGGGCAGGGCAGGGCAGGGCAGGGGGAGCCCCUCUCCUGGGCUCGGCUGCAACUUACUUCUCACUGUAGUGCAGCCCGUUUGGGGCGGAGCGCUCCCAAAUCCCCCCUGAAGACAGCAAGCUCCCGUUGAUUUCCAGCUUGAGAUCAGCGUGCUUGUGCUGAUUUUCCGAUGAAGUACAUCCUGGUAACGGGUGGUGUCAUCUCAGGCAUUGGCAAAGGGAUCAUUGCAAGCAGCAUUGGCACCAUACUGAAAUCAUGUGGUCUACGUGUCACUGCAAUCAAAAUUGAUCCUUACAUAAACAUAGAUGCUGGAACCUUUUCACCAUAUGAACAUGGUGAAGUUUUUGUAUUGAAUGAUGGUGGAGAAGUUGACUUAGAUUUGGGAAAUUAUGAGAGAUUUUUGGACAUCAAUCUCUAUAAAGAUAACAACAUCACCACUGGAAAGAUAUAUCAGCAUGUCAUUAAUAAAGAAAGACAUGGUGAUUACCUGGGAAAAACCGUUCAAGUUGUUCCGCACAUCACUGAUGCAGUUCAGGAAUGGGUAAUGAAUCAGGCAAAAGUUGCGGUGGAUGAUGACAGAAAAGAGCCACAAAUUUGUGUGAUUGAGCUGGGUGGAACCAUUGGAGAUAUUGAAGGAAUGCCAUUUGUUGAAGCGUUUAGACAGUUUCAGUUCAAAGCAAAAAGAGACAACUUCUGUAAUAUCCAUGUUAGUCUAGUGCCACAGCCUAACGCCACUGGUGAACAGAAGACAAAACCAACACAGAACAGUGUUCGAGCACUGAGGGGUCUAGGCUUGUCUCCAGAUUUGAUUGUCUGCAGAAGUGCAAAACCUAUAGAAAUGGCAGUGAAGGAAAAGAUUUCCAUGUUUUGCCAUGUGGAGCCUGAGCAGGUAAUAUUUAUCCAUGAUGUUUCUUCCACUUAUCGAGUACCAAUCCUGUUGGAGGAGCAAGGCAUCAUUAAGUAUUUUAAACAGAGGUUAAAUUUACCUAUUGAUGACCAGCCAAGUGAUCUCCUAAUGAAAUGGAAGAAAAUGGCUGACAGAUAUGAAAGGUUGCUGAAGGUGUGUUCCAUAGCUCUUGUUGGCAAGUACACAAAACUAAGUGAUUGCUACGCAUCUGUUUUCAAGGCUCUGGAACACUCUGCGCUGGCAAUUAAUCACAAACUGGAUUUAAUGUACAUAGAUUCAACAGAACUUGAACGUUCUACAGAAGCGGAGAACUCGGUGAAAUAUCACCAAGCAUGGCACAAACUAUGCAAAGCAGAUGGCAUUCUGGUCCCAGGAGGGUUUGGAAUUAGGGGAACAGAAGGCAAGCUCCAAGCUAUCUCCUGGGCAAGAACAAAGAAAAAACCUUUUCUUGGAGUUUGCCUGGGAAUGCAGUUAGCAGUUGUGGAAUUUGCAAGAAACUGUUUGAAUUGGAAAGAUGCAAAUUCUACAGAAUUUGACCCAGACACAAAAAACCCUGUUGUUAUUGACAUGCCAGAACACAAUCCUGGAGAUAUGGGUGGAACAAUGAGACUGGGGAAGAGGAAGACUGUUUUCAAAACACAAAAUUCUGUUUUAAGGAAACUUUAUGGUGAUGAAAUGUUUGUAGAGGAGCGACACAGGCAUCGAUAUGAGGUGAACCCAGAAUUGACUCACUGCUUUGAAGAGAAAGGUUUGAAAUUUGUUGGCCAUGAUACGGAAGGGAACAGAAUGGAAAUUAUUGAACUGGAGAAUCACCCGUAUUUUGUGGGAGUUCAGUUUCACCCAGAGUUUUCCUCAAGACCUAUGAAACCUUCACCUCCAUACCUUGGACUGUUGCUAGCAGCAACUGGGACACUCAAUGCAUACCUGCAACGUGGAUGUAAAUUGUCUCCAAGGCACGCAGCACCAACAAACUGUAGAAUGAAUGUACAGGAGCCAAGCAAAAAGAAAUUGGACAGACUGUUUAUCAGUGACAGCUACAGUGACCUCAGCGAUGACAGCUCUCCGGAAAAAGAGUUCCCUAAUUCAGAAACAAGCUUGAAAUAAUUGUAUGAGAUCACAGAAAUGGAUGAUGCUAUUGAGAAAGUUGAGAACAGGACAAUAUUGCAUAGAAGAAAGUAGAAGAGUAAGCUGCUUACGGUCCUCAUAGUGUCUCCUCCUAUACUGUUUCCAAUAAUUCUCUUUACAGAUGACAGUUUUACUGUUCUGUAGCAAAAACUGUUCUGUAUAAAGGCUGUUUCUCUUUAAAAAUGACAAAAUGGUUGUGCACCUUAGCUGUUAAUCAUUAUUGAUCUUGUCCUAUAUUUCAGAAUGAUCUCAGGUGAAUAUGUGUUAAUUCACUAGUUCACAACUGUUCUUGGUUUGAAGGAAGAUUUGAUUGUUUUCAGUUCGCCUUAGAACAGGAAGAUAAAAUGCAUUAGUUCUUGUGAAUGAGAGGGAACGCACUAAAAAAUGUAAGGGAAAGUUGUCUUAUCCAUGAGCAGUAGAGAACUGUUUCAGGUUUGUUUCCCUAUUAAGCUUGUUGUAUGUAUAUAUUUUUUUACUUUUUUGCUGUUCCAUAUGUACAAAUGAGAAAAUGUUGCUGUAUUUCAGCUCUGUGAUUAUAAUAAUUGAUGUUGGAUACACAUCUUUUCACUUUGCUUUUAUAAGUGAUUUCACUUUCAAAAGUUCAAGCUUAUUUGCUCUGUUUCUCGUGAAAGCCUGAUAAUACUGUAUGUAAUUCUGACCUACAAAAUUACAGAAGUGCUAUUAGAAGGCGGUUUUGUAUUUGUAUUUUGUCAGAGAGAAAGUGAAUACACUCGUAUGUUAAAAUGUAAUUCGAACACUUGUAUGCAAGUUGUAGAAGAACCAGUCAUAAACGUGGAGCAUUAUCUGGGCUCCAGCCGUGCAACAGUCAGUUAAUUUCAAUAAAUGAGUAUAAAGGUGAAUUAAGGUUCACCCUUGUUUUCCCUCAUCCAGUGACCACUCCAUGGUCAUGGCACUCAUUUCCCAAUAGAAUAGAACGAUGCAUUUUAAUUUAGGAAUCACAAGUUAUUCCACUGCAUGACAAUUGCAGGCAGCCCUGCAAAGCCAGGGCUGCAGCCUGAAUCACUGAGACAGAAGGGGAAGGCGAGAGGUGCUGCACCGUGUUUAAGGCUGGAUCCCAUUAGCAGGGUGGCAUCAUCAGACCUGUCACAGAAGCUGGACCUGAGCUAUGUAACUGACGGGCUCCAAAUGCCUGGGGCACCCUUUCCUAUAAAGAAAACUUCUGAAUUUUGAGCUUUGUGUUUCAUUUUGGUUUUGGGCAAAGUGACUUUUUUAAUUCAUCAAAAGGUAAAUAUCUGUACAAAGAUAGAAAGCACCGUGUCCUUUAUUACCGCUUUGUAAAACAGUAAGUUUGAGAGCUUUGCAUUGCUUUAGAAAAUCUUAGGUUACACAGCCAAUUUAUCUCUUCACUAAAAGAAGCUUUAAUGGUAAUGAAAUAUAAAACGUAUUCCUAUGGCAGUGUUUUUCUAAAGUGGUUUGCAAAAGCGUGCCUUAGAAAUAGCAGGUAUUGGCAGAAUUGGUAUCACUGUAUGUCUUCCCCAAUGAGAGACACUGGCCACUGGUUUGUGAAAGGUGAAGCAUUUCCUAAAAUUGUCUGUAAUGUGCAAAUGUAUUUUCAAAUAUAUUAAAUUGUGUUAUUCAGAA